AUGAAAAACCCUCAGCUCGACCUUCCUGAGAUCCCCUCGCUGCCGCCCCUUGAGCUCUCGACUUCGCCGUCCCCACCAUCCAGUAUUUUUCGCCACUCAAGAGAUUCACUCUUCAGACGCUCAUCGCCGUCUCCGCUCGCAUCGCAGGUCACUUCUGCUCCUUCUCGGACCUCUCCAGGCGAGGAUCCAAAUGGAAUCCCUGCAACCAUUCUCAGCGAGGAUUUGCUACACCCGCCGUCGCCCACCUCGGUGACGACCCCCUCCGCUCUCAGGAAAUCUCUUUCUGUGGAUUCUUUCGUCAAGUCCAAACAGUCUCCCAUUGGCCAAGUAACACGAACCAGUCGAGGUCAAACUAUGUCUUCCCACCGUAUCCCGCCACAAGAGCUCCGACAGCGUGCUAUCGCUCCAUCACACCCCGUAGAUCAGGCCUCUGGCUCGUCUCGUAUAUCCCUCCGGGAGCGCGAUAAGCGUGUCGUGCCUCCGCCCCCACCCUCUUCACGAAGUCGGGCCACAAGUAUCAGUACCAAUGUCGAUGAGCGUGAGGGCUCCUCAUUUUUCGAUGAAUCCGACGUGGAGCGCUCGGAAAAUAUAUCUAGACGCUCACGAAAAAGCAAAACCACUUCGCGCCAGUUUGUGUUGCCUCCGGGCGAGCUCGGUCUCCCAUCGAGGCUACAAGCCAUGAGUUCUUCUCCAAAUAUGAACUCAACUCCUCCGCCUGCGCCUAUCGUCCCUGUUCGGAGCAGUAGUUUGAAUCACAGGUCGGCAAAGAACAAGGCUUCUAUGUCUGUUGAUACCCAUAUACCCCCAUCUCCACAUUUAUCUCAGCCUACCAUCGCUGUAAUAGGAUCGGCAGGAUGUGGCAAGUCGACCAUUACACGCAAGGGGUUGAAGAACUACGAAAUAUCUGAAUCCAUCAUGACGCAUAUUUUCCCCCAGGAGAUGGAUUUAGACUACAAUGUAGCUCUCCCAUGCACCUUCCUGAGAUGGCGCCUUUCUUCUGGUCCCGAUGCAACGAGUCGAUCAGUUGAGGCCUCCAUUCGGGUUGCGGAACUAGACAUUGCUAUUUUUAGGCGCGCUCGUAACGACGAAGAACUGUGGCAACAGGAGCAGUUGUUUGAUGGCUUCAUAUUUUGCUAUGAUUCAACACGAGAAGAUUCAUUCGCCCAAAUUGCGGACUGUCUUCGUGAUAUUGCUUACAUGAAUUUGCCGACAGUAGUUGUGGCGUGUAAAUCGGACCUGGAGUUUGAAAGACGUGUAGACCCAGGACGUGCCUUUGCAAACCUGCAGCAGUACGAUGUUGGUCUCGUAGAAGUCACCGUCGCGAAUCUUGAUGGUCGAGAUAAAAUACGACGUGCGUUCGAGUGGCUUGUGAGAGCAAUCAAGCAUGACCUACCGCGUAGUGAUCGUGAUGGAUAUCAGAACCCUGCCUCACCCUCCAUGCUUGGGUCUGCACCGCCUUGGGAUGUAUCUCGUGCCUCGUCUGCCACACCUACCGCUGCGUCGGCGACAUCCUAUAUACCACCUUCUCACUCAGCACAUGCCCCACUGGAAACACAGACAUACACUGACACACCUCCGCAAUCCGAGUCACAGUUACAAAUCAGUACCCCAAUGCCUAAUCAUACAUUCCGACUACCGUCUGUAAAUACUGCUACGACAUCACGAAUCCCCUCAACGCCAACCUCCCCAACUCGCGCGCGCUCAACCAGCGACUUGCUCUCCGAACACGAGAAAUCGAAACGUGAAGAGCGAGAGCAGUACUCAGUGGGACGUAGUGCGGCGCUGAGUUCGUCGAAUGUACGGAGUCGUAGCUCGCUAAAUGCCUUAGCAUCAAUAAGUGGGUCGGGAGAUGGAUUGCAGAUCUCAGAUGAUCCUCAUGAAGCAGCAAGAGAAGCGUCUGCUAGAGAGUCACGUGUUCCUCCAUGGCUGACGCUUGAAGAGCUUUUGAAUAAAAUGCUUUUCAUGGCUGUGAGCGACGAUGAUCCACUAUAUGUGACGCAUUUCCUCUUAACUUAUCGACGAUUUGCAACGCCCCGAAGCAUCCUUCUUGCCAUGCAGAAGCGAAUUCGUGCAUUAGAUCAGCCUUCAGGCGAUCCUAUGAUAUGUCUGCUACUCGACCAGUGGAUCCAUGCAUACCCUAACGACUUUGCAGUGCCGAAUACAUCAGGUGCUCUCAUAGCGCUAGUCAAGUCCGUUGUGACGAAGUCGCACCUUGUACACUAUGGCACAGAUUUUCUUCCUUUCUUAGAUACAUUGGCGGACCUCAAGGACCGUGACCAGACUUGGGCACUCAAGAUUGAGGAAGAGAGUGAUGACUCGUCGUGGCUAUCCGAAGAAGAUGGAUAUCGACCCAUUGACACAGAAUCUCCGGCCUCUAGUAACUCUUCUCGUCAGCCUCUUCACCGCAAUUCAAGUGCCACACCUCCAGCUCAGCCGUCAAUGACACGGGAUCGUAAAUCGAGCCUUCCUCUUACCGCCAAAGCGCUUGCGAUGGGGCAAAGCAUGCUUUCACCAACGAAUUCAGAUGGAACGGAUCAGACUCCAAAGCAGGUUCUCAGACGGCUCGUUCAAGUGAGCGAAGAAGUACAGAAAUGUGCCAUUAAAGAUAUUGUAAACGAGAUUACGCGCAUUGAGGUCAAAUUCUUCCUCGACAUCAAGCCUCGGCAUUGGUUGCAACACGUGCUUGCCCAGGGCAAGAAGGACCCAGAGACGGAUCCGAUUGCGAAGUAUAAUCACGUUUCCAAUCAUAUAGCCGACUGGGUCGUUUCGCUCAUUUUAUGCCACGAUAAAGCGAAGGCACGAGCUCGACAAAUAGAAAAGUUUGUGCAGGUAGCCCACGAACUACGGGUCAUACACAACUAUUCUGCUUUGCGCGCGGUUAUUGCCGGUAUCAACAGUGCGACGUUUGAAGGAGACGAGUCUCUAGAUAUUGUCCGGGGUCGCUCGCAGGAGACAUGGAAAAUUUUCCAAUCUUACGAUCAACUUCUGCGAGCCGUGCGAUCACAUCAGAAGUAUCGCAUGGCUCUCAAGAACACCAAGGGUCCUUGCAUACCAGCAUUAGAGAUCCACCUCUCUGAUCUUAUACGCGCGCACGAAGGCAACACGGAUUAUCACGAUGAGGAUCCCACCAAGAUACAUUGGGCCAAGUUCAAUAUGAUGGCUAGGUUUAUCGACGUCAUCUGCCAGUGCCAGGAGAGAUGUCGCACUCAUGACGAACCUGCGUAUAUGUCCGAUGACCUUAGACCACCACCGGAAUACUUGCUCUUCAAGAAUGCACAUAUGCUUAUGGAUAUUGAUAUGCAACGUUCUCGUAUAGCGCCUCCGGAAUCAGAUGUGGCUGGUGAUACCUUCAGACCUAUCAUUCCGCGGACAUAUUCUAGGGACCCACAUCAGCCAAGAGACCCUGCAUAUCUACGCAAGAUUGCAUUCUGGUAA